AUCUUGGGGAGGAGAGGGAGGAGAAGGAGGAGAAGGAGGGAAGUGCGACCGGUUGGGACCCUGGCUAGGGAAGCGGACACGUCAGUGCCGCCAGCGACGUCACCAUGCCCGACCCAGCCCGCCGACGCACGAUUGGGUGCUGAGGCCGCUUACGCGUCGCGCUUCCUCGUCUGCUCCGCAUGUUCAGGGCGGCUUGCUCUCUUUCCCCCUCGGCAGAGAAGAGGCGAUGGCGGCGAUGGCAUCUUUCGGCGCCCUGGCGCUACUCCUGCUGUCCGGCCUAUCUUGCUGCUCAGCAGAGGCCUGCCUGGAACCCCAGAUCACCCCUUCUUACUAUACAACUUCAGAUGCCGUCAUUUCUACAGAGACUGUAUUCAUUGUGGAGAUCUCACUGACCUGCAAGAACAGGGUCCAGGGAGAAUAAGGAUUCCAAUUCACAGGGUGCAGGAGAGAUGAGGGCACAGCGAGGCCAGAUCCUAGCAAGUACUUCAAGAGCAUUUUCCUGACCUGCUUGAACAUGGCUCUUUAUGCCGACGUUAGUGGAAAACAAUUUCCUGUAACCCGCGGCCAGGAUGUGGGUCGAUAUCAGGUGUCCUGGAGCCUGGAGCACAAGAGCGCCCAUGCAGGCACCUAUGAGGUCAGAUUCUUCGAUGAAGAGUCCUACAGCCUCCUAAGGAAGGCUCAAAGAAAUAAUGAGGACGUUUCCAUCAUCCCACCCCUGUUCACAGUCAGUGUGGACCAUCGGGGUACCUGGAAUGGGCCUUGGGUCUCCACGGAGGUGCUGGCUGCAGCAAUUGGCAUAGUGAUCUACUACCUAGCUUUCAGUGCAAAGAGCCACAUCCAGUCCUGAGGGCAGCAACCUUAGCCCUCCAUUGCUUCUUUCAAUAAACAGUCACUAUUUGACAUGAGUACA